AUGUGGAACGACGAGGAAGACAACAAUCCCUACGGCACCAGUUUUGACCGUCGGGAUUCUAUCACUUCUUCCUCAGCCAAUCCCACAUCGCCCAUCUCACGAGAGUCGUUGGAUGACUCGCCGGAUGAAGCUGAUCCCGAGUGGGAAUUUCUAGACCCUCGAUACGAAGCACCGCACACUCCCUCUACCACCAGUGAGGAAGCACCACCACCGCAGCAACCGUUUGGGCAGGAAUCCAGCGAUGUCGACAGCGAUGAGGAGUAUGCCGCGCAAGCAAGAAGCCAGGUUCCUAGGAGGAAGCCUGGUGGCUAUGACAGUCGCAUCGAGCAGAUCCUCUACGAGAAUCCAGAUCUGCCCAUUCUGAUCACAGACGCUGGAAAGAGCUUGGAGAGUGGCGGCAAAUAUAUUGUCUAUACUAUCCGAACCGGAGAUCUCGAGGUGCGCAGACGGUAUUCUGAGUUCGCCUCGCUACGAGAUGCCCUCACAAGACUUCACCCUACUCUCAUCAUUCCUCCGAUUCCAGAGAAGCAUACCAUGGCUGAUUAUGCCGCAAAUCCUACGAAUGCGAAGCAAGACCAGCAAAUUAUUGAUCUACGGAAGCGCAUGUUGGCAGUCUUUUUGAAUCGGUGCCGGCGCAUGGAGCAAGUCAGAAACGAUGGUGUUUGGUGGCGGUUCCUUGACCCCAACGCAAGUUGGAGCGAGGUUCUCCAUACCCACCCAGUCGCUUCCAUUCCCAAGCAGGUUCUGAAGGCUCCGCCCUUGGACACGGCCAACCCUUCGGCAGCGCAUUCCUAUCUUCCUGUCCCUGCUGCAUCUGCCAAGCUGAGAACCGGCUCGUCAUCAGGUUCCGACGGCUCAGCGAGUGUCACCGGAUCCCAAGUUGUUCGACGCUUCCCUCCCGACAGUCAUGACUUGAACGAGCAGGAACUGGAUCCGUACUUUAUCAGUUUUGAGACAUCGAUCAAAGAGCUGGAGAAACUUUUGGCUGGACCUAUGGAAAAGGUCAAUCGCCGCACCCUCAACCAUCUUACUUCGCUAGCGACUGAUCUUUCGGACCUGGGCGCCAAGUACAAUGCUUUUGCUCUAUCGGAACCCUCUCAGACACUUGGUGCGGCUAUCGAACGCAUUGGGCAGGCUACCGAUACAUCGUAUAUCGCAACGGAGGAGUUGGCAGGAUCUCUCGGCGCAAGUUUCGCCGAGCCCAUGCGAGAGAAUGCGCAAUUUGCAAGCGUUGUGCGCAGUGUACUUCAGUAUCGUUUGCUGAAGCGGGUACAGCAGGAGAUGACGAACGAUGAUCUUCAGAAAAAGCGCGCUCUUCUCGACCAACUGGAGCGUAGUGAAGCUGAGGCCCAGAGAAUUGAGCAAUAUCUGAGCAGCUCGCAACAAAUCAGUGGCAACCGACAAGUGCAGGCUCCUCGGAGAUCGUCGAGCAUGCGGGAGACCUCGACGCAGCACCAUAGAGAGGGCAGUGGAGAGGAUACAGCAUCCAUCGACUCUGACUUUCCUCCUACCCAUGGCGACUUUUCGUCAGCGCCCUCGGCCAGAGUUGGAGCACCAGAACACACCAGCCAUGCUCCUGCCCACAAGAAGGCUCCGAGCAGCAACUCAAUCACGAACAAGAUUUUUGGUCCCAUUCGACAUGCUAUUCAAGGGGUAGCAGAUGUGGAUCCAGAGAGAACACGACGUGACACAAUCGGCAAGACCAAGGAAAGCAUUGAGCAGCUCGAGCAGGCCCAAGUCGUGUCGGCUCAAGACGUCAAGGACGCAAGCUCCAGUAUUCUCAAGGACCUGAAAAGAUUCCAAGGCGAAAAGGAGGAUGAUUUGAAGCGAUACAUGCUUGCAUACGCAAAAAGCCAAAUCGAAUGGGCACGCAAGUGCAAGGAGACUUGGGAGGAAGCAAAAGCUGAAGUUGACAAGAUUGACGAGUCAUAG